GAACUAUACACGCAUCAGACGCUGUGUUUUCUUUCAUCGUAAAUUUAUCAGAUUCGAAGUUUAAAUAUAAAAUUAUCUAAUAAUGAUAAUAUAGUUGCUUUUGAUAAUAGCACUGUUUUGGAGAGGUUUGUGGCUGGAAAAAUAUCAACAAUGUCCUUAGAGCCAUCGGCUUGUGAAGAUUUAAAAGCAUUUGAACGACGUUUGACCGAGGUUAUCGCUGCGCUCCAACCAGCCACCUUAAGAUGGAGGAUACUGUUAUGCACGAUGUCGUUAGUCACUUUCGUAGGAGCUUUCUAUUGGUUAACAGAUCCCCGAACAUCCAUUGUCCCGCUAAUGGAUUCUCUGUGGAACCAUCCAGUAUUCACCUUCUCGACUGCGAUUUUAUUGCUUUUGUUUGUCUUCGGAAUCCACAAGCUAGUGAUCGCACCACAGAUAAUAACGUCCCGAACCCGGAGUGUCCUAGCUGAAUUCAACAUGUCCUGCGAUGAAACGGGCAAACUAAUCCUGCGACCACGCCCGACUAACAAUUCGCGAUUCUUGAGUGGCGAUGGUCGCCGGAGUCCGAAGAAGGCAAAACGCUGACUACAAAAUGGUCACAGUGUAAGGCUCAAAACGCUGAAGGAUAUGAGUAAACGCGCGACACGAAGAUGGUCCAACAAGGUUAAAUUGUAAAUAAACUUCGCUGUCCUGUAACUAAGAGUAGAUUUACUAACUUUCUUGUAACGUUGUGUUGGACGUACUGGUAUUGAGUGUUUUUUGAAGAAAAAAAGAUAAAUCCAAAUUUAAUACUUUUUACUUAGUGAUGAAUUUCGAAGAUGAUAAUCCUGGACAAUAGAUAUUUUAGGGAUUUGAUCUGUAAAAGUUGUACAUGCUAGCACUUACUCCCUUGCGUUUGCAGUUAGAGACAAAGAAGCGGGUAGCAAAUUUAGGAACUCGCUCCGGAUUAGAAAAUUACAACAAACCGAUUAUGAAUAAUAAA